AUGUACGACCAGCACGUCGGCAUCACCUGCCACUUUUGCCGCCAGAAGAAGCUCUGCGGCGAGGAGGGCUGCCCCCGCUGCAGCCGCCGCAGCGCGACCGCGGACUGCAUCGGCAAGACCGAGUGCGGCAAGUGCCACAGCGCCACGGGGCGCUUCUGCCGCGCCUGCCUGCUGCUGCGCUACGGCCAGACCAUGGAGGAGGCCAUGGCCCAAAUGAAGGCCGGCACGUGGCUCUGCCCCCACUGCUACGAGCACGAGCACCCCUCAGAGGGCUGGAUGUGCAACAGCUCCAUCUGCAUGAAGCGCCGCGGCUUUGCGCCCACGGGCAUAGCCAUCUACGACGCCCAGAAGAGGGGCUUCCAGUCGGUGGCCCACUGGCUGCAGGCCCAACUGAAGAAGCGCGGCGAGGGCGGCGCAUCCAGCAGCGGCGUUUUGGACGCCGGGGCGCCGGCGGCGGCGGCGAAGGAGGGCGACCGGGCGGCCGCCGGGGGCGAGCGCAAGCGCGGGCGGCCGCGGAAGGAUCCGGUGCUCGCGGCGGCAGGCAAGGGCGCCGGCAAGGGCGCCGCGGCGGCGGGCGGCGCGGAGGGCGACCAGGCAGACCCAGACGACGGGCAGCGCCGCACCCGCGCGCGCGCCUCGGCGGCUGCGGCGGCAGUGGUGGCAGUGCAACUGAAAUCAAAGGGGCAGAAGGCGGCCGCAGCAGCUGACAAGGACACGGCGCCGGCCAAGGACGCGGGCCCCAAGGCCGCCAGGAAGGCCGCCGCGCCCAAGGCGGCGCGGGCGGCAGCGGCGGGCCCGAAAAAGGGCGGCAGCGGGGCGGAGGCGCUGUCCAGCCGCGAGGGGUCGAGCGAGCCGUUUGCGCCCCCGACGCCGGCCAAGCCCGAGUUGGCGGAGGCCAACAAAGGCGCGGGCCCGAGGCGCGCCCUCCGGCCGCGCCGCGUCUAG